AUGGGUCCGAUUACGAUUAAACCUUCAUCCGGAGAAGACGUCGAGCGAUAUGUAGCUCUCUUCACCUGCUUGCUCACAAGACUUGUUCAUUUAGAAGCAGCGAUGGAUCUAUCAGCGAAAAGCUUCAUAUUCAGUGGAAAUGAUUUAUCACUCGAAGAGGAAUCGGAACCACAAAGAAGACAGCCCUUACCUCUGUUCCUUGCAGAACAUCGAAAAACAUGGAACUUCAUUAAACCUUCAUCACCAAGGGUGGGUGGCGUAUGGGAAAGAAUGAUUGGCACCGUCAAGAGAUCGACGCAGAAGACAGUAGGCCGAACUUCUUCAUGCUACACUCUAUGA